GCAGCCGGCCCAGUGCGAGCACGGCCUCCCAAGAGAGCGCAGCCUCACAACCCCGCGGUAAACACGCACGCAAUACACGCGAUGGCGGCAACCGACGAACUUAGCGGCAUCCUCUCACGGAGACAAGAAAUCAACGAAAAACUCGAGGAAGGACUCGAAAUCAAACCCAAAUACAGAUUCGUCAAUGUCUACACGGAAUUUCACGAGUUCUCCAGGAAAGAAAUAAAACAAUACGAGUUGACCUUCAACAAGUUCGAUGAAGGCCACGACGGUUUCCUGGACCUGACGGAGGUGAAGCGUAUGAUGGAGCGGCUCGGCGCGCCGCAGACGCACCUCGGGCUCAAGGCCAUGAUCGCCGAGGUCGACGAGGACCAGGACAGCAGGAUCAGCUUCCGGGAGUUCAUGCUUAUCUACAGGAAAGCGCGAGCGGGCGAGCUCGAGAACAACUCCGGGCUGGAGGCGCUCGCGCGGCUCACAGAGAUCGACGUCGAGCAGGUCGGCGUCAACGGCGCCAAGAACUUCUUCGAGGCCAAGAUCGAGGAGCUCGCCAAGACCAACAAGUUCCACGACGAAAUCAUCCAAGAGCAGGAGGAGAAGCGACGGGAGGCAGAGGAAAAAGCCGCCCGGAGACUCAAGUUCAAGGAAAAAGCGGCCUUAUUCCAACACUAACAAAACACCAAAUUACUGAGCAAUGUCUAGUCCGUAAGCUGUUACCAUGGCUUAUAACUUCGAAGAUCUACAAACUAUUUACUAAGUCUUGUUUACAUGAAUUUUAGAUUCUAUUGUAUCUACACUUCUGUUGCUUUUUCAAGGUUUAUGUAACUUUACUAUUUACAUACAAAUUGAUUGUAAUGAUCAAUUUAUAGUCUUAAAUUAUUUAUGUAUUAAGUGCAGAAAAAUUAAUAAGUGUCAAUGCCUAAUUAAGUUAAAUGUUCUGUAGUAAAAAUAUAUUAUAAAUGUUUUGAUGAAAAGUAUAUUUAUAAUGUGGUAUGUGUCUGCAUGUUGCCUUGUAUGGUUAAAUUAGCAUAGAAGAUUUUUUAUACUAAACUUACUUAUUGAUGGUUGAAAGUGAUGUAUAUGAAUUAUGUGUUUAAGGUUGUUUGAAUAAAACUUAUUAAGUAUUA